UAACCGUCCCUGUUGAAAUAAAGACGCUGAACUAUAAAGUCGUCGUCGGAUUCCCUCCGUAGAGACAGAAAGUCAGACAGUCCCCCCCCCCAGCACCGCCACCUCGCGACCACCGCGCGAGAGGGAGCGCGCCGUGCGCGCGGAACGUCUCUUCGACGGUCACGCGUUUCGCCGUAAACACACCGGAUACGGAAACGCUCGGGUUUUGUAUUUGUUGUGAAUGGGAGCAACAUGGGGGGACCCCUGUCCGAUCGCGGUGAACGACUAUGUAAAAAAAGCGUUCGUUUUUAGCCCAAAACCAUCAUCUGGAGACAAAUCCAAAGAUGUUAAAACAACCACUCAUACACACCGGGUGUGUUGAUACACAAACCAACGAAAUCAGACUGAUUUAGCUGUGCUCAUGAUGAACUUUGAAGGUCUUGAUGCGGGGAUGGGGGAAUAUUCGCCUUCCCUUCAUGCGACCCUGGAAACUGGGAUGGAAACCUCCAUAGACCCACGCCUUAAUCCGAAUCUACUACAAGGCGUGGAGCUGGACCCGGAGGGACUUGCUGUGACAGUGCCCGAGUCUGUGCACCUUUUAGAAGGGAUGUUCUCUGAGUUGCACAGCGUAGCUGCAGAAGUUGGUAUCCCAGUUACUGCGAUGCAUUUUGAUCUUCAGGAGGAGAUGCUCUGGAUGGGGAACCAUAGGGGACACGUAACCUCCUUCUUUGGACCUACAAUGGCCCGCCAUUCUUCUUUUCAAGUGCACUCAGCUGAUGACAUCCGCCACAUUCAGAGCUUGGAGACAGGCGUGUUGUUCCUCUCCAAGAAUAACCUCAAAUGUUACACACGCGGGGGCCUCAUCAUGUUUGAUUGCCCGAUGGAGGAAGGAGCUGAUAUGCAUAGCCUCCUUAUGACUGAUAACAACACGUUGCUCAUGGGUGGACUGCAGAACUGUGUGGUUGAAUUUGACUUGAAUACCGUUCAAGAGUCUCAAAAGUUUCAGGUUGAGGUACCAGGAGUGGCAAUCAUACGUCAUACAAAUCGAUUCUUCUUCUGUGGGCACACAUCUGGAAAGGUAACACUCCGUGACUUGCGCACUUUCAAGAUGGAGCAUGAGUUUGAUGCGUUCUCUGGCAGCCUUUCAGACUUUGACGUCCACGGAAACCUGCUCGCCGCAUGUGGGUUCUCCAGUCGUGGACUGAAUGGCUUGGCGUGUGACCGUUUCCUCAUGGUGUAUGACCUCCGCAUGAUGCGGGCUGUAACCCCACUUCAGGUGCAUGUGGAUCCCCUCUUUUUGCGCUUCAUUCCUACCUACACAUCACGGCUGGCAAUCAUCUCACAGACAGGUCAAUGCCAGUUCUGUGAGCCCACCGGGCUUGCCAAUGUUGCAGACAUCUUUCACGUGAACACGGUGGGCCAGCUGCUCAUGAGCUUCGACGUAUCAUCCAGCAAACAGGCCUUGGCCUUUGGGGACUCUGGGGGGUGCGUGCACCUUUGGUCGGACUCCCCAGAGGUGUCGUUCAAUGACUAUUCUCGGGAGACAGAGUUUCCCCUGCCCUGUCUCGUAGACUCACUUCCACAGCUGGACUGGAGCCAUGACCUGCUACCCCUGUCUCUCAUCCCCAUGCCCCUGACCAGCACUGAACCACUGCUGUCAGACUGGCCCGCCUCUCUGGCCACUCCCAGUCCCAGACGAGCGCCACCUGUGGACCCCGAGAUUCUGCGUGCAAUGAAAACCGUUGGGUUCAUUGGUUAUGCUCCCAAUCCUCGCACCCGACCUCGGAAUCAGGUUCCUUACAAGAUCAAAGAGGUGGAGCUCGAUUACGAUAAUUACAAUCAGGUCCCUGAAUCACCAAUUGGUCGCGACGAAGAGGCACACCUCUACAUGGUGGCUAAAAAGUACAGAAAGGUCACAAUUAAAUACUCUAAACUCGGGUUAGAAGACUUUGACUUCAAACAUUACAACAAAACCCUGUUCGCCGGCCUGGAACCUCACAUCCCCAACGCAUACUGCAACUGCAUGAUCCAGGUAUUAUAUUUCUUGGAACCAAUUCGCUGCCUGGUGCAGAAUCACUUGUGCCAGAAGGAGUUCUGCUUGGCCUGUGAGCUCGGCUUCCUCUUCCACAUGUUGGACCUGUCACGAGGAGAUCCAUGUCAGGCCAGUAACUUCCUGCGGGCCUUCCGCACCAUACCCGAGGCCUCGGCACUGGGCCUCAUCCUGGCAGACUCGGACGAGCAGACGGGGAAGGCGCGACUCGGUCGCCUCAUCCAAAGCUGGAACCGCUUCAUCCUCACCCAGCUCCACCAGGAAACACAGGAGCAGGAGGGCCCGCAGGCCUACAGGGGAACCAGCAGCAGUGCCCUGGGCUCGUCUGGAGAGUCGGUGAUCGGGAGGUUGUUCGGAUGUGAGGUGGAGAACAGCAGUUUGUGUCGCUGCGGUAAAGAGACGGUCCGCUCUUCCCUCACCUUGCUCUUCACCAUGCACUAUCCUGAGCAGAGCUCCCAUGACAAGAUGAUAAAGGAGUACGACUUUGCCGAAAUCCUGAAGAAGAGCAUCUGUCUGGAGCAGAGCACUCAGGCGUGGUGUGAAAACUGUGAGAAGUACCAGCCCACGCUGCAGACCCGCAACAUCCGGUGCCUCCCUGACGUGCUGGUCAUCAACUGUGAGGCGAAUAGCACAAAAGAAGCCGAGUUCUGGAGGGUCCAGGCGGAGUACGCCUUUAACAAGGCUAUACAAAAAGAAGCAACGGAACCGCCGAAGCCCAAAGACCCUCCUCCUGUUCCCACCGAGUGGUGCUUGGACGGGGAGGAGUUGUGCGGCGAGGAGGGCUUCACCUUCGACACCAAAGCGGAGGAUCUGCGACACGUCUGGAUCCCCCUCAUACUGAAGAUGUCCCUCAGCAAGAGCCAAGGCCUGGAGGUCAGCGCCUGGCCGGAGACAGAGGAGUUGAGCCCGGCUGAAGAGGCUGAAGGGGCGUCUCUGUACGACCUGGUGGUCACUGUGCCUCACAUACUGGACGCCCGCACGGGGGGCAACUUGGUGGCACACAUCAAAGUGGGCGAGACCUACCACCAAAGGAAAGAGGGGGUCACACAUCAACAGUGGUACCUUUUCAACGAUUUCUUAAUAGAGCCGAUUGAUAAGACUGAAGCAGCGCAAUUCGAUGUGAGCUGGAAAGUUCCAGCCAUUCUGUAUUAUGCCAAGAGGAAUUACCACUCCAAAUACGACCUCCGCAUUAAGAAUCCCAUUGAGGCCAGCGUGCUGCUGACGGAGGCUUCGUUGGCCCGAAAGCAGAGGAAGAGUCAUGCCACCUUCAUCCCCCUCAUGGUCAGCGAGAUGCCACAAGCUGGAGACCUGGUGGGGCUGGAUGCUGAAUUCGUCACACUUAACCAGGAAGAGGCGGAGCUGCGGAGCGAUGGCACAAAGUCCACCAUCAAGCCCAGUCAGAUGUCUGUGGCCCGAAUCACGUGUGUGCGCGGUCAAGGGCCCAAUGAGGGCGUUCCCUUCAUCGACGACUACAUCUCCACUCAGGAGCAGGUGGUGGACUACUUGACACAGUAUUCUGGCAUCAAACCAGGCGACCUGGAUGCUAAAAUUUCCUCCAAACACUUGACCACGCUGAAGUCCACUUACCUGAAGCUACGCUUUCUGAUCGACACCGGGGUGCGCUUUGUGGGCCACGGCCUGCAGAAGGACUUCCGGGUUAUCAAUUUACUGGUUCUAAAAGACCAGGUCAUCGACACUGUGUACCUGUUCCAUAUGCCGCGGAAGAGGAUGAUUUCACUAAGAUUCCUGGCCUGGUACUUCCUAGACCUCAACAUCCAGGGGGAGACGCACGACAGCAUCGAGGACGCACGCACCGCUCUGCAGCUCUACAGGAAGUUUCUGGAGCUGAGUCGAGGAGGAGGAGCGGACGAAAUGAGGAAGGUUCUCAAGGGACUCUACGAAAAAGGGCGCAAGUUGGACUGGAAAGUCCCGGACUCAGACGCAGGAGAUGGUCAAGGUAGCCCAAAAAGCUCAGCUGUAUUUCCCUCUGUGAUGGGGCUGUAAGCAGCUCCCUGACACACUUCCACUAAACGGAUUCAGUUUGGAGCGCCGUCUCAUUCCGGCCAGGGAUUAACUUACAGAUAAUGUCACCUUUUGUAAAAAAAAACAAAAACAAAAAAACAAAACAAGCGAAUUUGACCCCAUCCCCCAUCCCCAUCAUGCGCAUGUCAGCUGAUGUGUACAGUACACAUCAGCUGAAUCGUGCCUGCACAUCGAACGGACUGAAAUGAACUGGACAGUUUUGACCAUCUCAAAAACUAUCGUACCUUUUUUUUUUAAACUUGUGUAUUGAAAGCUAUGUUGCCAAAUUGGCAAAAUAUCCAUUUUUAUUAUUACUGUUUUUAUGGAAACUUUCUUGGGCCAUGUAAAUAAACUUGACUUGA